AUGGUGCUUACAAGGUGUAUGAUAGAUUGACGUUACUACCACAAAGCACACCAACUCGGCACCCCUUCUCGUGCCAAGCAAACCACCACAGACAAAUCCCCUAUUAUGAACGGACAUCUUCUUCCGGCUUUGGUGGAAUGUGGCCCUAGCAUGAUUGACCUAGUGAUGAAAAUAAAGAAAGGAUCUGAAUUCCUUAAUAUUUGCAAUCAAGAUGAUGAAUGCUUCAUCAUAGAUUGUGGUGGGCCAGCUUGAUACAGAUGUGGAAGAUGAAUAUGAGGAAUAAUAAAUGACAUCUCUCUGCAUGACUUACAGUUCUAUAUGCACACAAGAAAACAUAUCACAGACUCUAAUGAUGAUAAAGUGGGCUCCCCUAGCUGAAAUAUAUCAAGAUGGAGAGUGUUGACAUGAAUAUCAAGGCAGUGAUCCUUAAGGGUGAGCAAACCCAGUUGGAAUGCUCUACAAGAACGGGGACUCUGGGAAUAUUCCCGAUGGAGUCUUCAUCCAAAAUUAAAGGAAAUAUUCUCUAUUGAUACCAAAUUACUUUAUGGCGGUGAUGUGGCAGAUGAGAUGAUCGAGCUGGUAUCUUUCAUGAUUUGGGAGUCUACACGUUAAUUUAUCAUUUAAGGUUGAGGAUCAGAAUCAUGAUCAUAGAAACAAAAACUAUCCCGACUCAUGAUUAAGAUCUCUGCAUUGGUAUAGUCCAUUUUAGAACCUUACAAUGGUUUGGGUCUUUUCAAGCUUGGUAAAAGGACUUUAGUGCUCAAAUUAAUUCCCAACCUCAACUAGUUUAGUCUGUCUCAAACUUAAGUGUGCUUGACCUCAGCCUAAAGAUGAGGUACUUGUGAGUGGAUUCAUUCAGUUGCCAAGUAUGAUCGCAUGGCUUCCACGAACACAGACCAUGGGAGCAGCUCAAUGCCUGCUUAUGCCUGACGAGACCAGACCAGAUUUCAAAUGCGUCAGCUACAUGUCCAUGGAAAGCUCAUCAGCACUGUCCAAAAAAGAAGAAGAAAAGAAGACAAAGUGUUUCUUUUCUUUUCCAAAAGGUAAGUGGAUGGUUGACCAGGUAGUGAGAUUCAUCUGCAUGCUUCCACAAGGAUGUUUCUCCUUUUUUCUUCUUUUUAAUCUUUCCAGAAUCUAUGCUUAUCAAUCUUGAUCUCUUGUUAUGCUCAGACCAUUUGUGGCCUCUAGACAGGGUUUCUUUAAGGAAGAAAGAGGCUUCUAUAACAGCAGGUAUAACCCUCUUCUGUCCUCAAAGAGAGGAGAAGGUGCAUCGAUGGGGUUGUGGGGUUUCACGCUUCAAGUUAGGCACGCGAAAUAUAUAGGGAUCUUUCUCUGGUGUUUUAGCUCAAGGAGGAAACUUUUGAUCCAUAGAGUCUGAGAAGGCAGCCGAAGAUGAAGUUUAUGAAGCUUGGAACCCGGCCAGAUACCUUCUUCACCACAGAAUCCAUAAGGUCUGUUUCAUCAGAAGUCUCCACCGACCUCCAAAUACAAGUGCAGAACAGCUUCUAUCGGCUGCACAAGUUUCCUCUCCUGUCUAAAUGCUUGCGCCUGCAAAGGCACUGCUCUGAGCUUAAAGAUGCAGCCGAGCACGCGAUCAUCCAACUUCCGGACCUUCCCGGUGGCGCUGAGGCCUUCGAGACCUGCGCCAAGUUCUGCUACGGCAUCACCAUCACUCUCAGCGCCCUCAACAUCGUGCCCGUUUGGUGCGCCGCCGAGUACCUUCAGAUGAAUGAGGACGCCGAGAGAGGCAACCUCGCCCGCAAGCUCGAUAGCUUCUUCGAGUCCUGCAUCCUCCGCCGGUGGAAGGACACGCUGGUGACGCUGCAAAGCACGAGAAAGUACCCUCCCUUGUGCGAAGAACUCGGAAUUACCGCUCGCUGCGUCGACGCCGUUGCCACGACCAUCGUAGCCAAUCAUCCGAACUCGAAGGCAGCGCCAAGGAACUGGUGGGCUGAGAGCAUCAGUGAACUGGGAUCAGACCAUUACUGGAGAAUCAUGGUGACCAUCAAAUCUGCCGGCGUCGUCUCCGACGAGCUCAUCGUGGAUGCACUGCAGAUCUACGCAUGGAGGUGGCUGCCAGAUACGUCGAGAGAUGGCUACGAGAGUAACCUCGCGACUGAGGACUCUUCCUCGGAGUCUCGCAGACAGAGGCUGCUCAUGGACAAGAUAGUGAGCUUGCUGCCUAGCGAGAAGGGCUCUGCUUCCUGCAGCUUCCUCCUCAAGCUUCUCAAGGUUGCCAACAUACUAAACGCUUCGUCGUCGUUGAGGAUGGAAUUGCGCAGGCGAAUCGGAAGGCAGUUGGAGGAAGCAUCCGUCGACGAUCUCCUGAUUCCACCUGCGUCAACUUCGAACGACGCAUUGUACGAUGUCGACACAGUGAUGGCCGUACUGGAGGAGUUCCUGCUUCAGGGACACAGCCCACCAACCAGUCCGCCCCGAGAAAGGCUUCGUUGUUGCUCCAAGUCGAGGGUGGCUAAGCUAAUCGACGGCUAUCUCCAAAAGAUUACCGAAGACAAGAAUCUACCGAUGGAGAAGUUGAUUGCCAUUGCUGAGGCUGUUCCAGAUUCCGCCAGGCCCGACCAUGAUGAUCUCUACAGAGCUGUCGACAUCUACCUCAGGGCACACCCAGAGCUCGACAAGAAUGCAAGGAAGCAGCUGUGUCGGAUCUUGGACUGCAAGAAGCUCUCCAUGGAAGCCUGUGCGCACGCGGCGCGGAACGACGUGCUGCCUCUGAGGGUGGUCGUACAGGUGCUGUUCUUCGAGCAGGCACGCGCCGCCUUGGCCGGUGGCCGGGUGAUUGAGCUGCCCGGCAACGUCAAGGCGUUGCUGUCUACAAGUCCUGCCGCUCCUCCGGAAGCUGGUUGGAGCAUCUCGAGAUUGAAAUGCCCAUCGACGAAGCUUGUGACACUUAAGAUGAGGCUCGAAGAGGAGGACGAGGACGAUGACAUGGACGAUGAUUUGGUUCCGCGCGAUGCUCUCAUGAGGAGCGCUUCUUCGAGGUUGAGAGCUCUGUGCUCUCUUCCGAGGACUCCAAAGAGGAUCAUCGGCAAACUGCUGGCCGUGAACAGAAGUGUGAGCUACAGGCAUUAAUCCAAACUUCUUGCCUUCAUCAAUUCCAUGCAGCUUCUUCACAUAUCUGGCCCAAUAAUGAUAGAGGAUUUAUAUCAAGGCAAUCUGUCCUUUGCUCCCAUGCCAAGUCAUUCUCAUUGUCAAUCCCAUUGUUCCUCAGGGGAUGAGUCAUUGGUGCCUCUCUCUCUCUCUCUCUCUCUCUCUCUCUCUCUCUCUUGGCUGUAGGACAAAAGGACAUGCAAUUUGUGUACUGGAGCAUUGUAAGUGGUUUGAAUACCCUCAACAUCUCCUUGAUCUCGAUGGUUUAUCUACAUAGACACACUGCCCAAAAAACAAAAAAGAAACUAUGAUGUUAAUGGCAAGUAAUGCUUUAAAAUGGCAGGUUGAUGGCCAUUUGUAUGUAUGUUUGUUUACCAUAUAUUUCUUUUGUUAAAAGAUUUUAUUUUA